GCGUGAAGCCUUCCUUAUCAAAACCUUGACAGUUGACAAGAUAACUCCAAGGCCGCUGCUGUUUACGUCACCGAUUGUUUAUUGCCGCGUGCGCCGUGACUCUAGCCACCGCCGUCUUGGGGUUUUUCAAGGAUUUCGGACGUGGCGUCUCCUGGCGUCGCGAAAAAAUCCCCUACGCCUUCAAUAACAUCAAAUCGAUAGCCCAGGCUCUAGGAAGCCCCUCAAAACCAGUAUUACGGCACGCCGGAAACAACUGCCUGUUGUUUAUCAUUCGUGGUGUCUGACGGCGAUAAUGAGGGACAACGAGCAGGAAAAGUCCCCGUCACCAGAGGCAAUCGAAAAAAAGAGGCGCAGCAGAAGCAGCUCGAACAGCAGCAAGAACAGCAACAAAAGCAAACAGAGCCGCUCGACCUACUCCAAGUCGCGUUCGAGGUCCCGCAGCAGGAGUAGCGAGCCGGACGGGUACAGGCUACACAUCGCGGACAUAGGCGAUGAUGUGAGGAAGUCAGACCUGGAGAAGGUUUUUGCCCCGUUUGGGGAGCUCAAAGAGGUGUGGAUGACCAACAGCACGCCCUGCUUCGGCUUCGCGGUCUUCAAGGACAAGAAGGCGGCGAACGCAGCCCUCAAGGCCACCGACGGGAUGGAGGUGGCAGGCAGCAGGAUACGGGUGACGCACGCCCGUCCCAGGACCAGAGGAUCCGGAAGACGAUUCUUUAAUAGCAAUAUGCGGUGCUAUCAGUGCGGGUAUUCGGGGCACUUCUACAGGGACUGCCCGGAGUUGAACGGGGGCGGCGGAGAUAAGAGGGACCGGGACCGAGACUCACGUUACGAUUCACGCUACGAUCGGUCUAGACGCCACAGAGACAGAGACCGUGACUACUACGAGAGGGACUAUGGUAGAAGACAUCAAAGGUCCUCGCGGAGGUACGACGACUACCGCAGGAGCAGUCGCCGUCAUCGUUACUGAUGAUGACUGAAUACUUAAGGGGUAUUUAUAAUGAGUAAUUUUUUGGCAUUUCCAUUUGUGUGCGUUUUUUCAAGUAAUUGGGUGUUGAUGCUUUCAUCGCGAGGAUCAUCCUAUUUUUGUUUGUUUUAUUUUAUUUUUUUGGGUACACACCGCUAGUACCGUGUUUUGUGUAUAAAACAAAGAUCCUAGUUUUGUUGUAACACUUUAAGGAUUUAUAUGUCAUUUUAAAAUAAAAACUACAUAGGAAAAA